UAAAUAAAGCUAUCGCUUUUCGUCUGUCUUCCUUAUUUUUUUAAGUAAACUGACGUCGGUGUGGUCCUCACUGGAAGACGCAGACGGAUUGUUGGCUGUUGAGCUAUUUUUUCCUUGCGCACACAGACAAGAUUCCCAACCAUCGUCUUCGUCAACUGUUGCCUUAAAUUCACUUUUAAAUGAAUCUUGUAAGAUUUAUGAACAACCGUGUUCCGGCCGACAAGCGAUACCAGCCCACGGACUACGAACAUGCAGCUAACUGUGCCACACACGCGCUGUGGAUUAUCCCCAGUUUAUUGGGCAGCUCGGUACUGCACUUCCUGUCCGAGGACCAAUGGGAGCGCGUCUCGGCAUGGCUGUACGGGGCGGGGCUAAGCUCACUCUUCAUCAUCUCCACCCUGUUUCACACUGUAGCCUGGAAGAAGAGCCACCUGCGCAGGGGGGUGGAGCAGUGCUUCCACAUGUGUGACCGGAUGGUGAUCUACUUCUUCAUCGCUGCUUCCUACGCCCCCUGGUUGAACCUCAGGGAGCUAGGACCCUGGGGUUGUCACAUGCGCUGGCUGGUGUGGGUCAUGGCUACCGUGGGAACCACUUAUGUGUUCUUCUUCCACGAGAGAUAUAAGAUCAUGGAGUUGUUCUGUUACACAGUCAUGGGUGUGUUCCCUGCCCUUGUAAUCCUCUCAAUGCCGGACAGGGCGGGGCUGUGUGAGCUUCUGGUGGGCGGAGCCUGCUACUGCCUGGGCAUGGUGUUCUUCAAGAGCGACGGCCUCGUGCCAUUCGCUCACGCCAUCUGGCAUCUUUUCGUUGCCAUGGGAGCCGGCAUCCACUACUACGCCAUCUGGAGGUACCUCUACAUCCCUCCAGACAAUCAGGUGCAGACCUCCAGAUGACAUCACCGCUGACAUCACGAGGACAGGGUUGUGUAACAAGACGAGCAAGAGGAAGUGACAUCACGACGCAGGAGGAGAAACCCUCACAACAUGAUAUCCUGUUGGGUAUUUCUUUGUUGCGGGUGAACCCCCCCCCCCUUUCUUUUCUCCUAGUUUAGUCGAGGUGUGCUGCCAUGCUGACUUACCAGUGUGGGGGCUGUACUUCCACACAAACAGGAAGUGUCUGUUAAUUAACCAAUGGUGUUGCACUUCCUGCCUCAGUGUUUUAAAAGCUGAUUGGUGGAGGCUGUCAGGUUGCCAGGCAACGUUUCUAAGGAUGUAUUUCUAAUUGUUCCAGUUCACUACUCUUCGAAUUAAUAUUGAUUAGUAUUGGUAUUUAUUAUCGGUGGAGUUAUUGAUUUGUAUUAUUUGUUCCUAUCAAGUUAUAGGUAUUGUUACAGCCAGGAGUUUAUGGUGCUGUGUGAUGUUGUGAUGUUUAUUACAGCUGGGAAGAGUUCAGAUGUUAGGACCAUUGAGAUAACUCACAACUUUCUCAUUAUUUCAUCUAUUUUGACCUUGAAAGUUAUCUCUCUCCAUCUCUAUGUUUACCAAAAUCUCUUUCUUUUGAAGAUGCAGUGUUGUUGAUCAGGUUAUUGGAAGCGUUAUCAGGUUACUUGAAGAGUUCUUGGUUGGUCAAUGUCUCUGUUGACCAUUUAGAUCACAUGAUUGUACAAACAAAACGUGUUUUUUUACACUCAGAUGUUGUUUAAAGAUCAGUUGUAAAGUUUUAGAUCGAUUCAGAUGUUAAAUAUUGACUCUUAUCUCACAAUAGUAUAUUAUAAGCAUUCAUUUCACCACUCACAUAAAGUAUAUAUGAAUAGUGUUUCUAUAUAGUUUACACCUCAGUGUGGUGGUCUAUAGUGUUUCCAUAUAGUUUACACCUCAGUGUGGUGGUCUAUAGUGUUUCUAUAUAGUUUACACCUCAGUGUGGUGGUCUAUAGUGUUUCUAUAUAGUUUACACCUCAGUGUGGUGGUCUAUAGUGUUUCUAUAUAGUUUACACCUCAGUGUGGUGGUCUAUAGUGUUUCUAUAUAGUUUACACCUCAGUGUGGUGGUCUAUAGUGUUUCUAUAUAGUUUACACCUCAGUGUGGUGGUCUAUAGUGUUUCUAUAUAGUUUACACCUCAGUGUGGUGGUCUAUAGUGUUUCUAUAUAGUUUACACC